GAGCUCCUCUUGGAUCAAUUCUCCCUAACAAAGAUUCAGAGACUUCAGAGUGCCCUUUUCGAAGAGAAAAGAAGCUCAGAAGAGAAGACAGCUCACCUCCUCUCAAGAGUUGACCCAUUACUUGAAUCGAUCUCCAUCGACGACGUCCGGAAGUUCGUCCUCUUUUCAUCUCUCCCAGAUAGCGUUAAGCAACAUGUAGCUCCCGAGUUCGAUUCGCUUUCCGUUCAUGAUUUCCAACGUCGUUGUGAUGUCUUGCUUGACAUUAAACACGGUAAAAGCCAGCACGUCGCAGCG